GGCACCACGGCCCCUUGCCCCGCCGUCGGGGACGGUGGCCGGCAGGAGCGAGGGGGCAGAGUGCGGCCAUGGAGGACGGGAAGUCUACUUCGCCGCCUGGUGCUGACGGUGGGGAGGAGGAGGAUGACCUCGGAUACCGGCUUUUCCCCGAUCGCAAGAAGGAGCCGCAGAGCUUCUUGGUUCGCAGCCUCUUCACCUUCCACAACAGAUCCGUAUGCUCAACUGCUUAUUGCGGCCAUGAAGCAGUCUGGCUGCACUGUUUUCAACGAUCGGCACUUUUCUUGUGAAAACUGUGAUGGCUGUGUCAGCGGAGGUUUCGAUUCUGCCACUUCUCAGAUUGUUCUGUGUCAGAACAACAUUCGCCACCAGUCCCAUAUGAACCGAGUGGUUGCGCAUGAAUUGAUACAUGCUUUUGAUCACUGCCGUGCUCAUGUUGACUGGUUUAAAAAUGUCAAACAUUUGGCCUGCUCAGAGAUUCGAGCUGCUAAUCUCAGUGGAGACUGUACACUGAUGAAUGAAAUAGCUAGAUUUAAAUUUGGUCUGAAAGGACAUCAUCAGACCUGUGUGCGAGACAGAGCAAUUCGUUCCAUUCUGGCUGUUAGAAAAGUUAGCAGAGAGACUGCAGAAAAAGCUGUGGAUGAGGUUUUUGAUGCCUGCUUCAAUGAUCUGGAACCAUUUGGGAGAAUCCCUCACAGUAAAACAGAUGCAAAACGUGCUUAUAAAGACUUCCUGAAUCGAGAUCGCUACACUGCUAAUUUGUAAAGGAAAAGCAUGAAAAACUAUGUUAAUAACUGGUAGUUCUGUAACAUCUGGAAUUACAGUCUAUGCACACAGUGCUGGUGGAAAGGGGCAGUUCUUUCGAAUGUAUCAAUUCAUUUUGUAAGCUUUUUCAGGAGCCAUCUCCUGUUGAGGUAAACAGAGUAAAUGAACUAGACUAAAAAUACUGUCUUUCCUCACUUGUUCCAGCAAGAUCAUUUAGUAUAUCAACUUGGCAAAUAAUGAUCUGCAUAUUUCAGUGCAUAUUUAAUUCAGUUAUUGAAUAAAUUGUUUCAUAAAAAUCUUCAGUGUUCCAACAUCUUUGAUACGUAGUCAUAAAUUUGCUUAUGGUUAUCAUUCUAUUUGAAAAAAUGGGCAUGUAACUACAGCUCUAUAUGUGUAUUUAACAGCUGAAGCUAAAUCCAAAAUGAACUGCCACAUAUAUCUCAGAGUCAGUCUUUGAGCACCUCUGAAAUCACUGGAAUUCCACCUUGUCUAAUGUCAGUUGUAACAUAAAACCCUUUUACAUAUUAGAAAUUUGACUAACAGUCAAAUUACCAGGCUUACCAGAUCAAACCUACAAACUGGAUAAGUAUUGUUAAAAGUCUCCACCAACCAGUCUUACACAAAAAGUUUGUGUAACUUCCUAUACUCUAAAGCAGGUAAGUUCAGCUCUUCAUCUGAGAAUGGCAGAAGCUCCUAACUUCAUCUUAAAUCUUAGAGAAGUUGUCUCAUUCUGUUUUUAUUUCCAAAUGCAGGGUAUUAUAUUAAUUGUCUUGAACCCUAGAAAGCCAUAUUUUCUUCUUUUUCUUGAAAUAAGAAAUAAGAAUCUACCACAAGUACAGUACAGUUCACUGAAAGAAUGGAGAUGUGGCUCCUCAGUCAAAGGGCUUGUGGGUAUAGCUGCUAGAAGUUGUUACUGGGUCAAGACUGAAGUGUCAUACGAAGCAUCAAGCAGUCCUCUGAUUAUUAUUGUUUCACACUGAUUGCCAAAUAUCUUAGGCCUUCAACUUGAGGUGAGUGGAUUUGUUUAUUUAUUUAUUUUUUUUUUUUCUGGUAGUAUUAGUUCUCAAUGGAAUUUCUGAGAUAGGAAAACUGAUGGAGGCUAUCUUUCAACCACACUGUAUAGAGCAGGGUAAACUAAGUCAGGUUUUUCAGGAGCAAGUUUAGUUGGGUUUGUAUGUGUGUAUGGAUGGAGACUCAGAGUAAUCUUUUCCAGUAUUUAAUAGUGCUUGUAGGUACGUAGACAUGUAUUGAAUAUUUAAAUGGAAUUGCCAUUAUUUCAGUUUUUGCUCAUUUCCUCUCAUCCUUAGGCACCACUGAGAAGACUGGCUCAGUCUUUAUUUCCACCCUUAGAAUCAUAGAAUGUAGCUAUUACUACACAUUUAGAAACUUAGAUAGUUCUUCCUCUGCUGUGGAUAAGUGUGUUUUUGUUUCUCACUGAUCUUAGAGACGUAGGAUUUCUGAAAGCUCAUCUUACUAGUAAAUAUUGAGUCAAUGAAGUCAUCUAGUCUUUUUCAUGUCCUUUGUCACCAAGUUCACUAUAUUGUUCAGUACUGGGCUCACAUUUUCCUUAGUCUUCCCUUUUUAGCUAAUAUUCCUGUAUCCUGUGUUGUUGUUGCUUUCUAUGUUCCUUGCCAGAUUCAACUUCUUAUUUAUUUAUUUAUUUAUUUAUUUUCUGGCCUUUCUAAUGCCAUCCUUGCAUGCUUAGACAGCAUUUCUGUAAGUCCUCCUGAAUCACUCAACUGUGCUUCCACCUACUGUGCUUCCUUUUCACACUUGAGUUUUGUCACAACCUCCUUAUUCAUCCAAGCAGGUCUGCCAUCUUUUCUUGGCUUGCAUAUAGGGAUUGAUCAUUUUUUAAUUUUGAGGAUGUAAUCCUUAUAAGUCAUCUAGCUCUCGCAGGCCCAUCUUCAGGACAUUUUUUCUUUUAAAUAGAUCUGAAUAGAUCCCUUAUGAGGCUGAAAUCUGUUGUCCUGAAGGCUUUAAACUGAAAGAGUCGAAAAUGAUUUUAGCUGUUAGGAAAAAAUUCUUUACUCAGAGUGGUGAGAGUCAUUGGAACAGGUGGCUUAGAAAAGCUGUGGACACCCCGUCUCUGGAGUGCUUAAGACCAGGUUGGACAGGGCUCUGGGCAGCCUGAUUUAGUUGGUGGCAACUCUGCCCAUGGCAGAGGGGUAGAAAUUGGAUUGUCUUUGAGGUGCCUUUUAACCUAGGCCAUUCUAUAAGUUUGAGAGUUUUAGCCAUGCUUUUUGCUUUGUUCCUAUCAUAUGAAGGAUAACUUCUCUAUCUCAGCCUGUUCUUCUCAAAGAGCCUAUCAGCACUCCUGUUGGGUGAGCUAUUCCACUAUAUCUCUGUGACCCUAAUAAAAUCAUUGCACUGCAACUAGAUUCUAUCUAAUCCCUCAUCUUUUAGCUUCAUUCUUCAUAACUGCUUUGUAUAUACAGAACUGCUAAAAAGUCCCUGACAUCUUAAAGUUAUGGAAUGGUACAGAUAGACUACUUCUGUGUUCUCUAAAUUAUUCCUUUAUUCAUCUAAGCACCUAACAAGAUACUCCUCUACAGGGACUAGUUUAUUUUUAAAAACUGAUUUUACAUUAGUCUUUUUGUGCAGUGGCUAGAUGUGAAUCAACAAAGGAACAAUAUGUGAUAAAGUUCAAAGUCUUUUCAUCUGUAUUUCAAAUAUUCAGCCCCUAAUAUAGAAGUACCCUGGGUAAUCGUCAACCAGACACCUGUAAAACCAUAGCAUAAUUCAAUUCCUUGAACUGAAUGAUGUUGACGCUUCUGAGGAGAGAGUGGCCAUUCAGGGGGACAACCUUAAUGAGCCUGGGAGGUGGGCCCAUCUGAACCUCAUGCAGUUCAACAAAGCCAAAUGCAAGACCCUGCACCUGGGUUACAGCAAUCCCAAGCACAAAUGUGGGCUGGGAAGAUACCUGGAACUUGGGCUAUAAGUAUAAGAAUUUUCCAGGUUUUUUCCACAGGUUCCACUGUGUUUUUUCACAAUGAGUUCAGUCAGACAAAACAAAACUAACCAAUCAAACAACUCUCUGUCAUACUACCUGUUGAAUUAAAGCUAUUGAGAAAUAGCAUUAGAAUGCCACCUGCUUCCUGGCUGUGCUUAGGCAACAUAUAAGGUCGCCAUAUAAAUUUGAAGUUUACUCACUUCACCCACACUCAAGAGAAUGUCUCUAUUAGAGGGUCAAAAUUUUGUGGUUCUACUCAUGCUUUCCUUGACUACGAGCAUUUUGCUUGCUUUCAUUCUCAAGGUUUGGAAAGAAGCAGAAAAAACUGGAUGAGAGUGGAAGUAAUGACUACAAGUAUAUUAACGCAGAAUUUAAGUCAUGUUAUAAGGUAGAAUGGUUAUGAAAUGGCCAAUGUUAAUUUAAUUAGGAAAUUAGAAAAUGAAGAUUAAAAGUAUUCUAAAUAGGGUAGAGGACAAGGAAUGUAUAUUUUUUUAUACUGGAAGUGAAAAAUAUAGGGAAAGACUUGAGCCCAGAAUGAGAAAUGUUAAGUGUUUGAGUAAGGAAUUCUUGAGGCUAAAGGAAAAUCAGAUUGUUGUGCAUUCACAUUUAUUUAUUUGUUUGUUUGUUUGUUUGUUUGUUUGUUUGUUUGUUUUUCUGGUAUACUGUAAGGGAACUAAUAUGUCACAGCCUGAACUGAUAAUUGAACACCUGCUGAAGAGGGUGGCUGGCCCAGAAAGCACCGGUCCAAGCAAUUUACUUGUGCUUCCCACGUGACUGGAAGGGAUGAACCAUGAAUCUGCCCCUCCCUGGGCUCAUUUAAGGGCUAGCCUCUGAGGGGAGACUGUUGUCUGGAUGGAAGUUACUUCCUGAGAAGGAGUGUUUGAGACCUAGGGAGCCUAUCUCCAGUCAACUUUUUCCCUAUAUGUGAUUACUAAUGAUCCUAAUGACGCUUUGCCUGAUAUCACAAAGAACUUAGCAGACAAAAUUUCACUGAUUCCAACUACCAACAUAUAGUAAUCCUAUAUUUUAGGAUUACAUUUGAUCAUUUGUGAAGUUUGCCUCCCUUUUUUUGCCUAUGUUUUUCUUCUUCAGAUCCCAAAAUACAUUGCUCUGAAAGUAAAGCCUCCUAUUUAUUUUCACAGAAAACAAUAAUCCACAGUAACACUAUACAAUAGAGCAAGCUAUUGUUUACAAAACACUGUUUUUCAGUAUAGCUACCACCACUACCUAUGCACUUUUGCCAGCUAUGAACAAGAGCCUGCAAGUUGCGGCUGUAAAAAUCUGCACCAGUAGAGGUGACCUGCUGCCACAACUGCUGAAAUGCACUGCCUCACUGUGAUUGCAUCCAUUAUUUGAUCUUCAUAAAUGUUCAUCAAAUGUUGACGAAUGUCAAUAGUGCAACUUUCUCUGCAUGAAGGAAUUCAGUUACACACCUUUGCUUCCAUGUCAGAUGCUAUUUUGUCAGACUGCCCCUCUGUCUCAUGGCAACAAACGUAAUAAAAUAUCAGCAGGAAGCUUCAGCCUUUAAUUCCAUACCACCAACAUCUGAUCCUGAUGUCAUGGACCAACAUCAAAUAGGAGGUACUUUUGGAGAAGCCCUCAUAUAUCACUUUUAUUUCCAAUUUUUCUAUGUCUUGCCCUGCAGGACUAGGGAGACUGCAGUAAGUCUUUUACCCAUAUUAAUAAGUAAGUGAUUUAGAAUCAAAUAAUGACUUUUAGAUUUUAAACCCAAGUGGCAUUAAAUGGAUUAUUUUACUCGCAUGGUCACAAUUAAACUAAUCACCAAAACUGGGAUCAGAAAGGAAAUUUCUCCCAAUUAAUUUGGUAGAGAUGACUCUCUUUCCUUAUUCUGUAGUAUGGAGAUUGAAGCAAUACCCUGAAGGCUGAAAAAAGGAGGUAUUGUAGUCACUGUAGCAAUUGCCCUGAAGGAAUGAUAAAGCUGGGCAUUGUGUGCAUAGGGACACAGUUAGAUGCCAGACUAGGAGCAAGACUGUCUACAAUCCAUUAGAAGCUCAGCUAGAGUCUAUGCCAGACACCCAUGACACUCAGAAUAGGAGAUAUCACAAAUAAUAAUAUGUAGCAUAAACAGAACACACAGUGCUGCUAAUUGCUGGCAUCUGCUAAUUGCUGGCAUCUGCAUGCAUGCUUACCAUGUGAGCAGAGCAGUAGUCCUUGAGAGUAGACCAUAGACAGUAGACCAUAGACAGUGUAAUAUAAUAGAUAAAGACCUAAUUAAAUGCACAUGAUAGAGCUGUUGCUUGCUUUGGAUUUAAGCAGUUGAACAGCUGGACACUGUCCUGUGCUUUUCAGUCACCAGUGCAUAGCAUUAUGCUUACUGACUAUUAUUGCUGUUCUGAAUGAAGAUGCCUGGGUGACCUGUCCAACACUUAACUGAUCUGUGAUGGUGGCAAGGCUGAGUCAAGGGGAAGUCAGAAGAUUUCAAGUGCCUGACAGGCUUUCAGUCUGGGAGGAAAAUAUUCUCCCACUAUCUCCAGAAUUAGGCAGCCUCAGAACGGACUAUUUUCUGACUGCAGCUUUGGGCUUCUGCAGCCCACCUACUUAUUUUACACACCUAUGUGCUUUGGAUCUAAAUGUAAUUCUGUAAUUUUUGCUGGUAAGGAUUCAAUCAUUUAAUUAGUCUCAAGCCCAUUGAACCCUGUCCUCACAGGCUUCCCAGAGAGAUAGUGAAUAAAUACCCUAUCCUCAGAGACAUUCAGGGUCAGGCUGGACAGGGUUCUAAGCAACCUGAUCUAGCUAUGGGUGUCCCUGUUUCCUGCACGGGAGUUGGGCUAGAUGACAUCUAAGGGUCCUUUUGAACUCUCAAGAUUCUAUGAUUCUAGGGUUCUCAUCUGUGUCUCAAUAGCAAGCUGCACGAAGAAGAUGAUAGCAAAGAUAGCCACUUCUCCUGUGCCCUGAACAGAGAAUGAUGUGUCACCACCUCCUGAACAGGAAAUAAAUACCCAGAAAAUAUUUGUACGUAAACACUUCCCUCACAAAGGAGAAAGCAAUAUAUCCAAACGGUGUCUGCAAUAUUUGAUCAAGCUUGAGUUGUCCAGGCUGUUUGUGGUGGAAUUUAGGUGGACUGCACAUAUUCCCAGGUGUAACACAAUACAUACCUGCAGGUAGCAUUGCUUCUGGGGGUAACCAUUAAUGCAUAUCUCUCAGAAAGUCACUUUGAUUGUUCUGGAGAAAGUAGCAUCUUGCCCAAGAUUCCAGAAACCUGUACUUUCAGUAGUUCUGCAGAAUUUCACAUGGAGAUUUCAUAAUCUUAUUUUCUCCAGGUGAUUCUAUCCGGGGCUGACAUAAUCGCAUGACUGAAUAUCCAAACAGGAAAAAAAAAAAA